CUUUUCCGUUGGAAAAUGAAGAACCAUUGAAUACCCACGAAUUAAUUAAGCUUUGAAGAGAUUAUUCUCUUAACAGAUUGGUUGUUUUUCCCAGUAACUUGCAAUGAGCGUAAGAAUAAUUGGAGUUUUGAACGUUUGGGUUUUGAAUUUUUACUGCAUGGAUUAUUUCCCCAAGCUCGGAAUUGGGUUCUGUAAUCAAGCAAGAACAGGAACUUCAGUAGAUCCUUUAUGUUCUCGAUUAUGCUAUUGUUGAACUGUGGGAAUUUUGUUUUCCUUGCCAUAAUUCUAUUGGAAGAACCAGAAUGAAAUGCUGCUGAAGUCAUUUGUGGGUUUUAUUAUGUUAUAUUGGUACUUUUGUUAGUGGAACAAUUAUAAACAGUGUGAUAGGCAACUUUAUGAUUAGGGACAGAGAAUUUGUUCCAAAUUUGGGUACUGGAUAUUCUAAUGGAUCUUCUCGGUUGGAAAUUGGUGGUGGCCGUCCAAUUUACGAAGCAAUCCCCACUGAUGAGAUUGAAGCUGUCACCACAAGGAAACCAGACGCCCAAAAUGGUACGACGAUCAAGUUCCAGCUUGAUCCGAUCCCUUUAGCUGUUGCUAAUCCACCAACCAAGGGGGCAAUUGAGGAGCAGGCUUCAUAUUAUACCUCUCUCGACAAUGGGACUACUGGAGAUAGAAGAGUGGAGUUGAGGACAGAAAAUGGAAAUGAAGUGGCUGAUUUAUAUCUUGAAAGGAUAUAUGAGAAACCCAGCUCACAUAAUUUCUACUGUCCGAACUGUCAGGCUUGUAUUACAAAGGUGAUUAUACGUGAUAGGGAAUGGGUAAAUAAUACUGUUUCUGCACCUAUUCCUACUCAGGUUGAUAAAUUCAGAUGCACCUCUUGCCUCAGUUUCCUCACCCCUAUAGGUUCAUGGCUCUUUCCUAGCUUGGUUUCUCCAGAUCCUGAGGAAGAAGUUUCAUCUGGACCAGGAGGUAACUUUGAAAGCAUAGGGACCAGAGAAGAAAGUCAAGUUGAUAAAGCUCCAGCUCUCGCUCAGUCAGUUGAUUACGUAGUAACUAAUAAAAAGGAAGAUGAUCAUGCUGUAACACAGGCUCAUCCUGAACUUAAAGCAGCAAAUGAUGAGAGAAUGAUUGUACAAGAGGAAACAUUGUCUAGCAAGAAAGGAAAUAACGUUGAAAACGUAGUGUUCAGAGAAAAAGAGACAUUUCAAGUGCAGGAAACAGGAGAUCAUGAAGAAAGUCCAGUUGAUAGAGCAACAGUUCCUGAUCAGUCAGUUGAUUAUGCAGUCGCUGACAAAAAUGAAGGUGAUAAUGCUGUAACAUUGGCUCUCCCUUCACUUAAAAUAACACGCGAUGAGGGAGUAAUUGCACGAGAAACAGCAGUAGCUGAUCAAAUGCAAAAGAUCGAUUAUGCUGUGUCUGAUUCAACGCCAUCUCAUCCUUCACUUAACACAACAAUUGCCGAGGAAGGGGUUGUACCAGAUAAGGGAGUGAAAAGCAAACAAGGAAACGAAAUUGAGAGCAUCAAAGUUGAAAAACCAGACCCGCUGCUAGAUUCAGCUGAAACAAUAUAUGAUCGAGGAAUUCAAGAUGCUUCCAUAAAAAAAACCCAAGUUCUUGAUCAGCUGGUUAAUUUUGAUAUAUGGACUAAUGACAAAGCCCUGGAAGCUAAAGUAGAUUCUACCGAAGAUUUGAGCAUUGCUAAGGACAGCAGGAAAGAAAAUACCGUGGAGAAUAUUGUAGUUGGAAUACCAUACACAUCGCAUGAGUCAAAUGGAUCAGUGCUGGAUGUAGAUAAUCAAACUGCAACAGUAAACAAAGUGCAAGUUCAGAAUCAGUCAAAUGGAUUAGCAGUAUUAUCGGAGUCUCAAACUGACACUAAAGUUAAUUCAACACCAGGUCUUCCUUCUCUUGAAGCAAUGAUGGCUGAGACUGUAACAGAUACGUUUGAUGACAAAAAAGGUAUUGAUGAUGAGAAUGUUGUGAUUGGAAUUCCAUACCCACCCUCAGAGCCAAAGAGGGGGCUGCUUGAUCGAUUUAGGCUACCUUUGUUGUUGAACAAAAUUUCUGUUCCUGAUCAGUCAGCUGCAGUUGCUAAAACAGAGAUCCCAAAAACUCCAGAACCUGUAGAAGAAGCUACUGUGCUUGAUUCUUCCCCAGUUUCUCCUUCCGUCGGAGCUCCAGCUGCUGAGAGAGUACCGUACAGUGCAGUUGGCAGUCGCGAAGUUGAAGCAGGACCUGUGGCAAUAACCGUUGAUGAUUCUUUGGAUGAACAAGUAGAACCUGAAUCAAGUAAGCUUAACAGGUGGGAAAUUGUGAAAAGUAUAGUUUACGGUGGUUUAGCUGAAUCAAUUACAAGCCUUGGCAUCGUGGCAUCUGCAGCAAGUGCCAAUACCGCAACAGGGAACAUUGUAGCUUUGGCGCUGGCAAACCUGAUUAGUGGGCUUUUUAUUCUUGGACAUAAUUUGACAGGACUCAAGAGCGAACAGUUCAGAAGGACAGCUAAUGAAGCAGACGAUCGUGAACAUGUAGACCGAUAUGAAGUAGUACUGGGAAGGCGUGAGAAUUACAUUCUACAUUUUGUUCUCGCUAUCUUCUCGUUCAUACUCUUCGGCCUAAUCCCCCCUCUCGUUUACGGCUUCUCAUUCACCAAGAGCAAUGACAAGGAUUUCAAGCUUGCAGCAGUGGCAGGAGCAUCUCUUUUAUGCAUCAUGUUGCUUGCUCUUGGGAAGGCUUACAUUCAGAGACCAAACAGGUGGGAUGUGUACCUCAAAACAGUAGCAUCUUACAUCGUUAUAGCUGCUGGGGCCGGAGGCUUCUCAUACUUGGCCGGUGAUUUGAUUGGCAAGCUCAUUAAUAAAUAUGGUUGGUUUGAGCAAAGCCCUGCAUUCAAUCUCAGUCUGCCUCUUCCAGAGAUGAGCUUGGGGAAACCUGCAUGGGGAUCCUCUUGAAGUAGGUCCAAAUAUGAUGUUAGAGCAUCUUGCUUUUAAGCUACUUUCAUUGAAGCCAAUUUUUUCUUGAAUCUAAAUUUUCUUGAUCCAUGUAGUGAUCCAAAAUGGUGCUUCAUUUGGCACAAGCACACUCCAAAAGAAGAAUAAAAGUCACUAAUUCCAGACAUAUUUUCAUC